CCUAACACCUACAUCAUACGGCUUGAUAGUGUUAUGAAUAUAGCCUUUCACAUUGAAAUCCUUACUCUGAUCCGUCCGUCAUGGACGACAUUCGUAGUGUCCGCUGGAUCGUCUUUUUCCUCCUGCUGGGUAUUGUUUCUGUUUCGAAUCUCGAGCUCAUUGACCCCGAGCAUAACGGACCUGAGGAGCACGGACAUGAAGUACAUGAACUACACGAACAUGAAGUACACGAAGAGGAACACGGUGAUGAAAGAGAACACAAAGUAGACAGACAUGAAGAACACGAAGGGCGUGGACAUAAGGAGAAUGGACAUGAAAUAGAACACGAAGGUCAUAAACAUGAAGAACACGAAGAACAUGGACAUGAAAUAGAACACAAAGGGCAUGAACAUGAAGAACACGCAGAGCAUGUGGAUGAGGUACACGAAGGGCAAGGACAUGAGGAACACGGACAUGUGAUAGAACACGAAGAGCACGGAUUUGAAGAACACAAAGAGCAUGGAGAUAAGAAACACGAAGGGCAUGGACAUGAGGAACACGGACAUGAAGAACACGAAGAACAAGGACAUGAGGAGCAGGGAGAUGAAAUAGAACACGAAGGGCACGGACAUGAAGAAUACGAAGAGCAUGGACAAGAGAAGCACGGACAUGAAAUAGAACACGAAGGGCACGGACUUGAAGAACACGUAGAGCAUGGACAUGUGGACCACGGACAUGAAAUAGAACACGAAGGGCACGGUCUUGAAGAACACGAAGAGCAUGGACAUGUGGACCACGGACAUAAAAUAGAACACGAAGGGCACGGACAUAAAGAACAUGAAGAGCAUGGACAAGUGGACCACGGACAUGAAAUAGGACACGAAGGCUACGGACAUGAAGAACACGAAGCGCAUGGACAUGUGGAACACGUACAUGAAAUAGAACAUGAAGGGCACGGACAUGAGGAGCACGGACAUGACGAUCACGAAGGGCAUGGACAUGAGGAGUAUGGACAUGAAGAACACGAAGAGCACGGACAUGAAGUAGAACACGAAGGGCACGGACAUGAAGGACACGAAGAGCAUGGACAUGUGGACCACGGACAUGGAAUAGAACACGAAGGGCAAGGACAUGAAGAACACGAAGAGCAUGGACAUGAUGGACACGAAGAGAAUGGUGGUGAGGAGCAUGGGCAUGAAAUUGAACAGGAAGGGCACGGACAUGAAGGACACGAAGAGCAUGGACAUGUGGACCGUGGACAUGAAAUAGAACACGAAGGGCACGGACUUGAAGAACACGAAGAGCAUGGACAUGUGGACCACGGACAUGAAAUAGAGCACGAAGGGCACGGACAUGAUGGACACGAAGGGAAUGGAGAUAAGGAGAAUGGGCAUGAAAUUGAACACGAAGAGCACGGACAUGAAGAACAUGAAGAGCAUGGACAUGAGGAGCACGGUCAUGAAAUAGAACACGAAAUAGAGCAUGGACAUGUGGACCAUGGACAUGAAAUAGAACACGAAGGGCACGGACAUGAAGAACAUGAAGAGCAUGGACAUGUGGACCACGGACAUGAAAUAGAACACGAAGGGCACGGACUUGAAGAACACGAAGAGCAUGGACAUGUGGACCACGGACAUGAAAUAGAACACGAAGGCCACGAGCAUGAUGGACACGAAGAGAAUGGUGAUGAGGAGCCUGGUCAUGAAAUUGAACACGAAGGGCACGGACAUGAAGGACACGAAGAGCAUGGACAUGUGGACCUCGGACAUGAAAUAGAACACGAAGGGCACGGACUUGAAGAACACGAAGAGCAUGGACAUUUGGACCACGGACAUGAAAUAGAGCACGAAGGGCACGGACAUGAUGGACACGAAGGGAAUGGAGAUGAGGAGCAUGGGCAUGAAAUUGAACACGAAGAGCACGGACAUGAAGAACAUGAAGAGCAUGGACAUGAGGAGCACGGUCAUGAAAUAGAACACGAAAUAGAGCAUGGACAUGUGGACCACGGACAUGAAAUAGAACACGAAGGGCACGGACAUGAAGAACAUGAAGAGCAUGGACAUGUGGACCACGGACAUGAAAUAGAACACGAAGGGCACGGACUUGAAGAACACGAAGAGCAUGGACAUGUGGACCACGGACAUGAAAUAGAACACGAAGGGCACGGACAUGAUGGACACGAAGGGAAUGGAGAUGAGGAGCAUGGGCAUGAAAUUGAACACGAAGGGCACGGCCAUGAAGAACAUGAAGAGCAUGGACAUGAGGAGCACGGUCAUGAAAUAGAACACGAAAUAGAGCAUGGACAUGUGGACCACGGACAUGAAAUAGAACACGAAGGGCACGGACAUGAAGAACACGAAGAGCAUGGACAUGUGGACCACGGACAUGAAAUAGAACACGAAGGGCACGGACAGGAAGAACACGAAGAGCAUGGACACGAGAAGCACGGUCAUGAAAUGGAACACGAAGAGCACGAGCCAUUCGGGCAACUAGAUCCUAAGAUUGAGCAUGCCGAGCAAGAGCAUGAGGAUCAUGAGCUCAAGGUUGAGCAGCACGAUCUUUUAGAGCAAGAGCACUUGUAUCACGUUGAUAUAGAGCACGAGGUCGUGGAGGAAGAAGGUGAUCCUUCGGUCUUGAAAACAGAUGAUGACAAUUGCGAAUUUCCUUUCUUUGAGGCAACCACUCCAGCUCCACCACCACACCUCAUCAUAUAUCCCCGCAUUCCGCCCUAUACCAUCUACUGCGAUGUCAUCGCUGAACGUAGGAUAAAGGACCCGCUAAGGAUUAGAUUUCCCUUUGCGAAGAAAGGUCAAGAUUAUAUCCUGGUAAUGUUGGAUCCUGAUCUGAUACCGGCUCCAUUUGUUCACUGGAUUGUCGCCAACAUUCCUGGUCGGCUCCUAUUAAGUAAACGCGGAGUUUACGUCAACCGGGAAGAUUUUGUUAUACUUGAAUACGUGCCGCCAAAUCCACCAAACGAGCAACACAGAUACCAGUUUAUGCUGUACGAACAGGAAGAGCCAAUCAGUUAUGACCUAGGCACUCGCUUAUGGAUGCUGAUAAAUCGUUCGCCAUUCUCGGAGUACGUCUUCAUUGAUGACCUUGAUGAUGACAGCAUAGUCAACAAGACCAUGCCAGUUGGCUACUUCCAGUACAACGCCUACAUGGAUGAGGACAGCAAGUGUGUCCAAGGCGAGGAGUAUGAUUGGGAUAAAUGCCGGCGAUGUAAGGAUAUCAAGAUGGAGUUAAGCAAUUUCCACAACUGCACGGAGUUCGUGCAAAAUGUUGUACAGAGCAUAACAUAUUCUAUUGAUAUGCAUUUCCCCAAUAUCUUCAUUCGUGGGCCGAUUCCGCCAUAUGUGAAAGCGUAUAAACAUGUCAUACGGCGAACGAUUCGCAGGCAACUUUCGAGAGCUUUAUGCCACAUGGAUUGGGACAUGAUGAGGGGAUAUGCGUAUGGUGGAACCCAUAAAUGUAUGAAGGUCUUUACAAGAACUCUUCAGGAUGCUGAACAGCAGGCUUCCAGCAAGAUUAAAUAUGUCAAACAACAUUUCAACAAAAAGAAAUUCAAGUUGGGUAAACAAAAGGCCAUCAAAGAUGCUGAAUUCGGUACUUUUGAAAAGACCUUUGCCAAGGGCAAGUACAGAUUUGUGCGGCCUCUGUGCCAAUGGCUUUGCAGAAAGGUUGGAAAGUACUUUUAUGAUUAUCUCGAUUACCAUAGACGGCGAGCUUAUGGAUAUUAAACUACGUGUGUUUUAUUCAAUUAAUUGAUUCCGAACUCAACUGAGGUAUGUGCUUUUCCCACUAAUCACCGCGAGGGUGGGGCUAUGAUGGUGGCCUAACCGAGUCACCGCGCCGAGGUUCAGGGCGAAAUGACAGGUCCACGCGAGCAGUUUUUGAUGAGAAACUCAAUGCCGAAAUUGAGGUACAUUUUUUCUCUCAAAAAACAUCUCAAACUCAAUAUUGAAAUGUGAUUUUGACUGCUUCAGUUUUUUAUACCCACCUAAUCGGUUAGAUGGUUGCCCAGUCAAAACCGCUGCUGCCAAAAUGAGGUACAGUACAGUGCAUAAUAGAAUAUGAAGAGUGCUACAUUUUAUCCAUUUGCAUGUCAAGUCAAAUCCGUCAGGAGACACUCAGAAUCAACGAACAUGUAUCUAAAACGCUGCGCAAAGGAGCGAUUUCCAUCACAUGCUGCGACCUGCCACGUUACCUUGACAACAUGACGAUUGUGAUUGGAAAGCAGACGCCGAUUGGUAAUGGUAUUGGAAAACACAUCCAUACCGGUUCUCACUCUGAUCAGUAAAAUAAAACAUUUUUCGCAUGCAAUCUUGUCUCGCGCACUGACUGAAUUUUAUUUUUUAGUCAGGGUUUUGUUUAUUUACCUCUCCACAGCAGGCACAUCUCAAUGUGUAGCAUGAUCUUUACUUCCCGUC